AUGGACAGAGAUGUGACAGACAAGGAUAUGAUGGACAAAGAGAUGAAGGACAAGGAGAUGAAGGACAGAAAUAUAUUCUUCUUAGGUGUCUGCUUUUUUUCCACUGCUACUCCCAAUAUGCUGCUCAGCUUUUUAAAGGUAUCAAAGGGAGUGUCGUACAGUGGAUGCCGUAUACAGCUUGGCUUCUUUGCACUUUUUGCCACCACUGAGAUGUUUCUGCUGGCUGCAGUGGCAUAUGACUGCUAGAUGGCCAUUUGUAACUCACUGUUCUACACAUCACUUGUCUCUGAAGCUGACUGUUGGAGGCUGGUGAAAGGUUUGUACUUCUUGGCCUUCCUCAACUCUCUGAUGCACACCAGUGGCUUGCUAAAACUAUCCUUUUGCUCUUCAAAUGUGCUAAACCAUUUCUUCUGUGAUAUCAGCCCACUCUUCCUGAUUUCUUCUUCCAGUACCGCUCUCAAUGAGCUGCUGGUUUUCAUUUUUGGCAGCUUGUUUAUGGUGAUCAAUAUAAUUUCCACCCUUAUCUCAUAUAUUUUCAUUAUUCUGACUGUGCUGAGGAUUCGCUCCAAGGAGAGCAAAUACAAAGCUUUUUCCACCUGCACCUCUCACCUGAUGGCUGUCUCUUUGUUCCAUGGAACCUUCAUCUUCAUGUACUUGCGACCUAUCAAGAGCUUCUUUCUGGACAAGGACAAAAUUGCAUCUUUGUUCUACACUGUGGUGAUCCCUAUGCUGAACCCCUUCAUCUACAGCUGGAGGAACAAGGAGGUAAAGGGUGCUCUACGCAGAAUCAUAGCCACUAACAUCUGGCUUCACUGA